CAGCUCACUAAAUGUAAACAAAAAAAAAAACUAUUGGUGAAAUUCCUAGAGUAAAAAAAUAACUUAAAAUGUUACAAACGGGCAAAAUAAAAAUACGGAAUAUUGAGGAGUUGCAAGCCGACAACAUAACUUCGCCCAAAAAUUGCCUAACCCCUUUAAGAAAGCGCAAAAAUCCAAAAUCUGCCUCAAAAACUAAACAAUUAAACGUGAGUGAACAUGAUCAUGCUAAUGUUAUUGUUGAGGAGAGAACAACAGCAAAUUCUGACGCAACACUGACGAAAACAGCAAUAAAAAAACUAUUAAAAACUAGCAUAAAAGAAACACCCUCCAAUCAGAAACGUAUUGAUUCAUACUUUACAUCCUGCCCUAAAACUUACGAAAUAAAACUGCCCAAAGAAGAGCCGCCCACACCGUUUGCUAAAACAAAAUUAAAAACAACUGCAAAGAAGACUAAUAAAAAAACUGCCGGUAAAAAAGGAAAAUCUCCCAGGCGUCCAAAAGCCGGACGCAAACGCUUAUUUAGCGAGAGCACAGAACCAACAAAUGAGAGUAUGUCGGAUCUAAGUUCAUUGAGGGGAACCACCAAAGUGCAAACCGAAUGCAUAACAAUCAAUUCGGAUAGUGAAGACGAUGAGAUUAAUGUGAAAAGUUCUAAUCUUACUAAAGAAAACAGUCCUCCAGUUACUUUAACAACUCAAGCGGAAAAUCCAGUUUCUGCUGCAACAACUGCGUCUGAUAAUACUUCAAAUUCUCAACAAUUUGCAUCUUAUACUGUAGCUUCUUCUUUAGAUUUUGGCUUAAGAAUGUCACAUACGAGCUGUGGAAAGUCUACCUCUAGCAAAACCACCUCUGAUGCCGUUAGUUUCUCCAAACGCAAACCAAAACCCUGUCCUCCCUACAAAAUCAUAGAAAAUACCACAUUUGCUGUGGAUGCCUUUCAAUUUGGUUACAUCGAAAAUGUAACGCAUUAUUUUCUUACACAUUUUCAUGCAGAUCAUUAUAUUGGCUUGACAAAAUCUUUUGCCAUGCCCCUAUAUAUGAGUCCGAUAACGGCUCGUCUAUUACGUACCUUUAUACCCGUCGAAGAGCAAUACAUCCAUGUGCUGGAAUUAAAUAAACCCUAUACGAUAAAUGACAUUGAAAUAACUGCACUUGAUGCCAAUCAUUGUCCUGGUUCUAUUUUAAUAGUUUUUAAAUUCCUCGAUACCGGCAAAUGUAUACUACAUACUGGUGAUUUUCGAGCUUGGUUCGGCAUGGAAUCUGAGCCAAUAUUUUGGAAUAAUCAAAUAGAUACCAUUUACUUGGAUACCACUUAUAUAUCCGAUAAAUAUGCCUUCUGUACACAGUCAGAAUCUAUAGCUAAAGCUGAGCAAUUAAUAAAGGAAUUCCAGAAGAAACAUAAAGAUAAACGUAUACUCUACAUAUGCGGUUCGUAUAUUGUGGGCAAAGAGAAAUUCUGGUCGAAACUAGCAGAAACAUUUCAGUUAAAAGUAUGGGCUGAAGGAAAUCGAUAUAAGGCCCUGAAGGCCAUGGAGGAAGAACAGUUUAAUAACUUACUCGUAGAGGAUGCACAGCAGGCCAACAUGCAUGUUAUAGCCAUGGGAAAGGUAACUUAUUUGGAAUUGGUGGACUAUUUCAAAUCAUACGAAGAACAAUACGAUAUACUACUCGCCAUACGACCCAGUGGUUGGGAAAAGGAUACUAAACCCCGUUAUAGCAAAAAAAUCAAUAUAGUAGGCAUUGAAUAUUCCGAACAUUCUAGCUAUGCGGAAAUGCAACGUUUUGUUAAGUUUCUAAAGCCCGAAAAUGUAAUAAGUACCGUACCUACGGGCAAAGAUCUUAUGAAGACAGCCAAGAUACCAUUAAACUGGUAUAAAUAUGAACAAUUGAAGAUUUACAGAAGUUAUCAGCCCACAAUUGAUAGUAUUAUGCAAAAUAAUAAUAAAAGGACUUUGGGUAAUAUACGGCCACCUAAUAGACAUAAGGGGGGAUUGGAAUAUUCUGUUUCACCUUUAAAGACGGUUACAAGCAAACAGCAUGAAAUUAAUAAUAAUUUAACAACUGAAAAAGCAAUUUCUUUGGUUUCUACUAAUGCAACCGAAAUGGAAGAACCAUGUGCUAUUGCAAAUACACCAAAUCAAGAAAAUACUAAUAAUUUUGCAAACCAAACACCCGCCUUAAGUAAAACUACAACUUCAAAAAUGUCAUACAAUUCAUCGGAGUAUUUUGAAACACCUGAUUUGGCUAUGGCAGCAAAAAGAUUGCCCAAGAAAGAAAAAGCUGACCAGAAAGAAAAGGAAACUUCAACUAAAAGUAAGACACCAGUUUAUACAACCAGAAAACUGCAACCUACUCAUAAAGAACUUAAGGAGAAGGAUACCAAUAGUAGAGAGGAAAAUACAACUAAUAAUUCAUCAGAAUAUUUCAUGCGUCGUUAUAUGAAAGAUGUAAUGAAUCAAGAAUUACCCAAUACAAAUAAUAGCAUUAAGAAGGAUCAGAAACCGAAUGGUAGUGUGAUGUUAAAUCAAUCACUAAAGGAAGAAAAUGAUAUUCAGCCAAUAACAUCAAACGGACAAACAAAUUCCCAAACUUCUGCUAAGAAAAUAGUACAAGAAGAACAGCAAAUUGUGGAAAAUAAUAUAAUGCGAAAAAGAAACUUGAGAUCAAAAGUUCUCUCGGAUACGACAACUUCUUCAUCUGAACAAAAAAAUGAUCCCAAACGAAACUCUCAAAAAAAGAAAAUAUUAAAACAGAAACCGACGCAAAAAACUACUCCAAUAAAAAAUAAAAUCAAAAAAAAUCCAAUAAUUAAAUCAAGCUCCAGUAUAAUUUCAAUAGAUUCAUUAACCGAUGAUGAAUUGCAAACUACACAAUUAAAAACUGUUCCGAAAACUGAAACUCCAGAUCUGCAAGAUAGCGAUGACAUAAAGACAACAAUCUUUCCAAUAAAAGAAGAAUCGCCACAUAGAAACUGUGAAUUGCAAGACGAUUUUCAAUUGACUGAAGAAUCACAAAAUAGAAACAGUGAAAUGGAAGAAGAUUUUCAAACAACAAAUCAACAACAACUAGAAACAGAAGCUGCUUAUAACAUAGAUAUCUACACUAAUGGACAAACACCGAACACGGCUAAACAGCAGCAAUAUUCUUUAGAAAAUCAAUUUAAAAUUUCACAAAAUUCUAGAUCUAGAAUAAAAAGCGCCUCUUCUAGCAAAGCUACUACUUCAACGGAAUCAUGCGCUAAAGCAGACAAAGAAUUUGAAGAAAAAUUACAAAAAAUAUCUCAAAAAACUAAUCAAAUAUCUCAACAAAAAUCUUCUAAAAACUCUACAAAAUAUCUAAAGAGAAGAGCAGAAAAUCCCAUUUACAAAUCCACCACCUCCAUAGAAUCACUUAUAACAGAUGAAGAAUUGCAAACCAUAAAAAUAUUACCGCCAUUAAAAACCAACGAAACAAGCAGUGAAAGAAGCUCAGUUGAAUUGGGUGGAGUAAGCAAUAUAAAGCGUUUAAAAAGAUCAAUAAGCUCCCAGCCAAACGCCUCAACGCCUUUUAAAAAAUCUCACACUACCAGCAGUCUUAAUACCGCGGCCAUUUUAAAUACAAUACUAGAGUCAAAUGAAGAUCUUCAAUUAGAUAGAUUUAACUGUUCACAAUUGGCUGGUCAAAUUGUGAAUCAUUUUAAUCAACAUAAUCCGGAUAAUAGUAAGGAUCAUAUACCGUCCGAGUUGCUCUCGGAUGCCGAUGAUGACUGGAUAUGAAAUCAUGAAAAUUAAAGAAAGAGAACUCAUUUAAACUGUGAUCAGUGGUUCUAGCUAAAAAAAAAACAUUUUUGCUUUCAUUGUUAAAGUCCAUUGUUAGGAAAGCAUUUUCUUUUUUUUUCGAUAAUUUCCAAUAAUUUUAAGUUAAAUCUUAAAACGUUUAUAACUAUUUUUUGUUCCUUAUGUAAGUGUAUUAGUAUAAGAUCUCUUUUUUCUUAAUUUUUUUUUAUGUGUACAUAAAUUCAGCUAUUAAUCUGGUUUUUAUAUGAAAUAAAUAAUAUUUUUUAAUGCUUUUUUA